AUGGAUCUGUUCAACAUUAAACUCAGCCUGCUGCAUAGGGAAAUGCACUAUGCAUUCCUGGGGGGAACGGGAGAUAUGAAUGAGGAGCGGUUGGGUGAUGCCAGUGGAGGAGACAAUGCUGAGACCUACAGUGACAAAGACACAGACCAAAGGAGUUCUCCAGACAUGACUAAAGCCAAAAGUGGCUUCCCUCCUGAAAGCCCUGAAAUUGUUUCAGUGGAUGAGGUUGGUUAUGCAGUUCAGAAAAAUGGAGUGAGCACAGAGAGCCGUCCAGACAGUCCCAAGUACCACCCAGAGCAGAACCACCUCCUGAUAGAAGGUCCUUCUGGGACAGUUUCUUUACCAUUCAGUUUGAAAGCCAACAGACCUCCACUUGAAGUCUUGAAAAAGAUCUUCCCUAGCCAAAAGCCAACUGUGCUGGAGUUGAUCCUGAAGGGGUGUGGUGGUGAUCUCGUGAGCGCUGUAGAGGUUCUCCUGUCCAGUCGAUCUUCGGUGUCCAGUGGGGAGAGAACGUCUGCAGAAUCUGAUGGUCUUGUUUUGCCUUCAAACGGGCACAUUUUUGAACAUACACUGAGUUCGUACCCUAUUUCCUCUUCCAAGUGGUCUGUGGGCUCAGCAUUUAGAGUUCCUGACACGCUGAGGUUCUCUGCCGAUUCCAGUAAUGUUGUGCCAAAUCCUCUGGCUGUACCUUUGCAGCACCCUUUCCCUCAGCCUCCACGCUACCCAUUGAUGCUGAGGAACACCUUGGCAAGAAACCAGUCCAGCCCUUUCCUGCCCAAUGACGUCACCCUGUGGAACACCAUGACGCUGCAGCAGCAAUAUCAGCUGCGGUCCCAGUAUGUCAGUCCUUUCUCUAGCAACUCAGCCAGCGUUUUCCGAAGCUCACCUGUCCUUCCUUCCCGCUCGUCAGAAGAUCCUAGGAUCUCCAUCCCUGAUGACGGCUGUCCCAUUGUGACUAAGCAACCAAUUUACACAGAAGAUGAAUAUGAUGAAAGGUCUGAUUCUUCAGACUCAAGAAUACUCAACACAUCUUCUUAGACUGCCAUUUGACACAUGAUAGUUACAUGAUACCUGCAGUGCAGCUGAACUACUGGGCCCUAGGAGGAGGGACAAAUACUCUACAAAACCCUUGCAAUUGUAUUAAAUAGUGACUUUGCUUGGUAUUGUACUAUAGCAAUAAAGACAUAAUUUAUUUAAUUUCUUGCACUUCACUGGAUAAUGCCAAAUAGCAAUAC